AUGCCAGCCCCAUCGUCUGGCUUCAAGUGGUUCGCUGAUACACUGAGAUUAGAGGAGCUUUUGACCACUUGUGACUGGCCCAUCAAGAAGGACCCAACGAAGGACUACGACCUGCUUCUCAGAGGACUGAGGGCCUGUGGUGAAAGUGCCAAUGCCUCGAACAAGGAACUUGGUACGAAUUUCGAAAGCCACCAUCUGCUCGAGAAAGACAGCACUGAGGCUGGAUCCGACUGCAUCACAUCUUGA